AGUAGAAGACGCAGAGGAAGACGUGACGUGUGUCCGCGCGGAUGUGUGACGUCACGCGCGUCACGUCCAGAAUCCACUAUGGCGGAAAGGUAGUGGCGACUCACACUUUACCGGUAAUAUCGACAUCGGAUAGCAGAUAUCUGAACGAUACACCAUCCUCCGUUUCCGGCUCACGCGCACACAUCCCAUUCCCUCGUGCACUCUCUCUGAUCUCCGCGGAACUGACACAAACAUGCCAAAUAUCAAGAUUUUCAGCGGCAGCUCCCACCAGGAUCUGUCUCAGAAGAUCGCGGACCGUCUCGGACUGGAGUUAGGAAAAGUGGUGACGAAAAAGUUUAGCAACCAAGAGACGUGUGUGGAGAUUGGAGAGAGUGUGCGUGGAGAGGAUGUGUACAUAGUCCAGAGCGGCUGUGGUGAAAUCAACGAUAACCUUAUGGAGCUUCUGAUUAUGAUCAACGCCUGCAAAAUCGCAUCGGCCUCCCGAGUCACAGCGGUCAUCCCCUGCUUCCCUUACGCCCGGCAGGACAAGAAGGACAAGAGUCGGGCACCCAUUUCUGCCAAGUUGGUGGCAAAUAUGCUGUCGGUGUCUGGUGCAGACCACAUCAUAACCAUGGAUCUGCAUGCAUCUCAAAUACAGGGCUUCUUUGACAUACCAGUGGACAACUUGUAUGCAGAGCCUGCCGUUUUGAAGUGGAUCAAGGAGAACAUCCCCGAGUGGAAAAACUGCACGAUCGUGUCUCCUGACGCUGGAGGAGCCAAGAGGGUCACCUCCAUCGCAGACAGGCUCAAUGUUGACUUCGCCCUCAUUCACAAAGAAAGGAAGAAGGCCAACGAGGUGGACCGCAUGGUUCUGGUGGGAGAUGUGAAAGACCGGGUGGCCAUACUGGUGGAUGAUAUGGCGGACACCUGCGGCACCGUCUGCCACGCUGUUGAUAAGUUAAUAUCAGCAGGAGCCGUUAAGGUGUAUGCCAUCCUCACCCACGGCAUCUUCUCUGGACCAGCCAUUUCACGCAUCAACAACGCCUGCUUCGAGGCCGUAGUGGUGACCAACACGAUUCCUCAGGAGGAGAAGAUGAAGCACUGUCCCAAAAUACAGGUCAUCGACAUUUCCAUGAUCCUCGCCGAGGCCAUCCGCAGGACGCACAACGGCGAGUCCGUGUCGUAUCUGUUCAGCCACGUUCCUUUGUAAGGUGUUCACCGCGACCAGACCAGGAGCCGCUCCCUCCUUCAUCUGAACGAGUGAAUGUGUCCCCAGAGCCUUCAUCAAUCCUCCCUCAAACCCGUUUUCACCAAAUCUCUGUUACGCUCUGUGACUGCGGAAGUUAGACGUAAGGUUAACCGGAGCCAGAACCAGUCACAACCUCAUUUUAUUUAUUUGCAUCCAUUUGUAUUAAUUCCUGUGCUUUGAGAAAAGUAAAGUCACUUGAUGAAUGAAGCGGCGGAGAAAUGACUUGGAAAUCAUUUUUGAAGAAAAUCGGUGGACAGGCUUUCUUCUGAGUUUUAAGAUGUAGUUUUUAGCUCGUGCACUUCGCAGGCCGCAGUUCAACGGUAGAUUCUUAACAAAAAUUGGUUUUAUUUCACUUAACUGGUUUUGCUUUUCAAUUAUGUUUUUAAUAACUCUUUGUACAUGAACAUUUCUUUGAAUAAAAAAUAUCAUUUUGGUUACAUUAUGCCAUUCUGAUAGCCCUCA